AUGACCCAAACACUUCAAAAUGAAGGGUUCCACAGGAAUAUUUCAUAUGGUAUUCUAUUCUACAUUGAUUAUGAAAGUGAAGACUGGAUAAAUAAUAACUGUAUUAUAGCUCUGGAUCAAACAUUACCACCUGGAGUGUAUGUCAAUCCAGAUGAAUUAAGUGAACUAAGAAGAAUUAAUGCGCUCAACGCUGUACCAAAAAAUAGAGUCAGUGUUGAACUAACAACUGAACAAUCUGAAGAAUCAAGUGUGUGUAUAAUUGGAUUGGUGUCUGAGAGUAAGGUCGACCUGUGGCUUCCUGUUCAUGCAAGAUACCAUGAGGCUGUUACUGGAGGAGGAAUGGCAAGAAAUAAAAUCGAACCACCUACAAUUUAUCUUCGCUGUUCAGACCAGAGGUUCGAUGUGUGCGGUAAACCAAUACCACUGUCUGUAACAUUCCUUUGUAAAGGAGACUCAAGGGACAAAUGCAGCUGGAGAGAGAUACCUUACGAUAUGUGCGAAACGUUCAUUCGACCGCAAAGCGCAGACAGACGACGUGUCCGGUCACAGGGGGGUCCAGAGGGCGAACGCUCUGUGCGUCGUUCGACGCGAAUCCGAUUAAUAACUUCGAGAGAUCUACUGGCGAAUCUGACGGGCGACGCGCGAGCACGCGGAAGAGAGCCCCGGGGGCGUGCCGGGGCCGAGGGCCCGGCGCCCCGUAGAUAUGGAUUCGAGAUUAACGAGGACGCGGGGCGGGGGCGGGCGGCGCGCGGGGGGCGCGUGUUUACAUGCGGGUGCAGGCGGCGGGUGCAGCGGGCGGCGAUCGAUGCUGGGCGGGGCGCGCGGGCGGCGGAGGCGGGGCGAGCGCCGCGCGCCGCGCCCGGCCUCAGUCCGCCUCGGGGCCGCGUCCGCGCGGUCGUCGCCUGUCGCUUGUCCGCGGUGCGGCGCGCCGGAGUGUCUCCGCGUUCGCGGGCGCCCGGCGGCGGCGGCGAGCCUCGCGCCGCCCGCCCCCGCGCCCAUGCCGCUGCCGCCCGAAGCAGCAGUGCACCGCCAUCCCCGCCCGCGACCCCCGCGCCCGCCCGGCGCCGCGCGCGCAGCCUGGCCGCCCGCCGCCCGCCCGAGUGCCAAGCGCCCGCGUCUCAGCCGCGCCUGCGCCCCGUGUUCCUGUGGGCCCGCCAGCUCGACGGCACCGUUCAGGAAGUUCGCUGCGAGGACUACGACCCGCGUAACCGUAUUCGCAUAGCGCGCACCGUUAACGGUUGGCGAGUGAUCCCGCGUACGGAGAUCUACAACUCUAUUAAGCUCCCGCCGCCGCCCCCGCGAGUGAGAAGAGAUCGCCGCCGACGACGCAGGCGUUCGGGCCGUCCUCGCCGAAGACGCGAGCGCGUCGAGCCCGAGGAGCGCCCGGAGCCGGCGCCGACCGCCUGGCUCGCGCCCGACCUGGAGUCGCACAUUCCCUCGCACACUAUCGCGGUGCCGCGCGCUGCGCAGGUCCAGCGAGCAACACCUGAGUCCUCGCCGUCGCACCCGCAGCUCGCGUCGCCGUCGCCGCCGCCGCACGCGCACUCGGAGCCUACGCCGCUCGACAAUCUUUUAGCGGUGGCCGAGCUUGAGUUUAACCAACAACGCGGUGAAGAGCUCGAGCUAGAGCUUCAGGCUACCGCUAGCGCCUCGUACGCCUUCCUCCCGGACGAAGCGGUCGCGCGUGACGUGAUGUCCUUCGAACUCGACGAGCCGAAACAGGACGGCAUGUUCUUUGAACGUAAAACACUCGAGUCGGAACGUGCGACGGAAGAAGACAGCUUUCAAAACGAUAUGGUUGUGCACAAGGAUCUGUUCGAAACUAUUAGUGAGGCUCAUUAUCUGCCGGAAUUAGGUGGCCCACAUGACGAAGAACUGUUGGAAUCUCUUGUUGAAAAAGGCUGCGAAGACAAUCAAAUACUAGGGCAGGCUCUUGACAAGUUUGCGCAUUUAGUACAUUCUUCAGGUGAUUAUGUUGAAGAAGAGGAAGAUAUAUUGUUGAGCGGAGCACCGGUCGCUGAUAUUAUCGAUAGAUUAGAGCAAUCUUUAGAAUCGCCUGGACGAAGUAGUAUUACUGCAGCUCAAGGCCUUCUUCAUCUGCACCAUAUAGGUGAUCACCUUACUACCCAGGAGCAUCAACAAACAGAACAACAAAACUAUAUCCCCGAUGAAGUAUUUGCAACACAACCACCAACUGAAUGUACAAUAGAGCCAUUAAAUUCACAACCUGAUAUGCACUCAAACGAAGCUAACCAUUUAGAAUAUGACCAAAAUGCCCAGAAGAGGCUGGAAACUGAAAUUGCUCCUAGUCCUAACGUAAUGUAUACUGAACCAGUACCUGAGAAACAAGAGACUUACGUAAAUGAUACUUAUGAUGAACAACAGUCUCAUUCACUGCUACCCGAUCAAAGUGAAAUAACGUUACCUAGUGAAACAGUAACUGAAGAAUUUAGAAAUGAUAAUUGCGGACAAAUCGUAGACAAAUCUCAAUUAAAUCAUUCAGAUGAAAAUGAUAACUCAUCGCUAGUACCAACUGAAAUGGACUAUACGAAAGAACUUGAGGAAGCCUCUAACAGCGAUGAAAUGAUACCGACUGAUUUAAGUAUAAAAAACGUUGAUAAUGCUACUACACCCUUAGUCGUGGCAAGUGUAGCGGAAACAACGAAUCACACGGAAGACAGUUUAUCGGAUAAAAGUGAUGACCAACCUAAAGAUUUAAGCGUUCAUCGGAGGUUACCCACACCACAUGCAUCACCGAAAAGGAUAGACAUACCACGAGCACCCUCAAGAGAAUCUGAUGCAAUGCAAUCGCCACAGCCAAGUGGUAUUCCUGCUGUACCAUCGUCACCAGAAAUAUUUACUAUGCCACUUACGAAAAGUAAACAGACAUUGUUCUUAGAAACUCUUCUUUCAUCGCCUUCACCAAAAAUGUAUACUUCUGAAGUAACUAUUUCUAAACAACAAUGCGAGCCACUUAACUUGGGUAAACAUAGAAAAUCGGCAAGUCCCACUGUUUCUAGUUGUUCUGAUGAGAUCAGAAAAAUAAAUAAAGAAUAUGGUGAACCUCAAGAAAAGAGAAUAAAGAAGGAGACAGCAGAAGAAUUAGCUAAAAUAAGUAAAGUAUUUGAAAAGUGCAAUGAAGACCAACAUGAUAUCAAACCUAAAAAGCCGGAAAAAUUAUGCACUAAGUUAGCAGAUGAAAUAAGCCCACUGAAACAAUUACAUUCUCUAAAAACAAGCCCAGAUUUUAACAUUCCAGACCCGCUGUUAGUACCAAAAGACAAACUCAAUCAAAUCUUAGCAGCUCCAGCAAGAGAAAUACCAGCAUUACUGCUACAAAGGCCAGAGCUCAGGCUACCAGAAGCUUUUGCUUUCCCUGCAAUUUUACAAGAUCCUGAUAUACUCGUUAUUUCAUUAUCACAAUUAGAAAAUAUUUUAGAAAAUGAGAGUAAAAAAGAAAUGGCCGCUAAACCUAAAGAUUCGAAAAUCACAACAGCUAAAACUGCUACAACCACAGAACAAACAAAUAAUGCGCAACAGCCCGAUCAGACCAGUCAGCCGAAACCUAUACCUUCAAUGGAUGCGUUGGCUGGUGACAUUGAUGCUGCUACCUCUGCCGCUCUCAACCAAAUGUUAUGGUUACCAUAUCUCAGUCAACUAGAAGCGAUGGCGGCUUGUUCACAAAAUAUGGAUUUCUUAAAAGCUCUCAAUUCAUCCGGGUACACAGGCUCAAACUACCCUGAUCUAUCUCAAAUGUUUGGUCCGUCAGCUGCUCGAUUUAUGGGCCCCACAGGAUUCCCAAUGAUGCCUUCAAUGGAUUAUGAUAAUCGGUUGCAGUUCGCAAUGUGGCAAGAGGCAAUGAAUCACGCCAAUGCAACGACAUCUCAGAGACCUAAACCGAGUACAUUAGAAUCCCAGAUGAAAGAUUUAGCAUCAAAAACCAGCGACGUACAAAAUCCUUAUGUACAUUCCACAAAAAAUUCACAAAACAAAACCCAUACGUCUGCACGAACGAGCCCUAUAGCUCACAGUUACAACAGUAACCAAAGAUCGAUAUCUCAUAACCCGUUCUUACAAGGCAUGUACCCUGGCAUGAACACAAAUAUACGACCAAACAUGCCACUGCCAGGUUUGCAAAUACCGUAUUUCAACCCGAAUUUAAUGGGUAGUCAAAGGUCUAGAACCGGUCAGCAGAAGAGUCCGACAUCACCUUACUAUCCAAACAACAAUUAUCUACAAUCAGUGAAGCAGCCUGAAGGCAGCCAUCAAAGGAGCAGUAGCACCAGUUCUCAGGAAUCGCCACGUCCUAGAAUAAGUGUGAAAUCGCUGCAGAACCUUUUGGAACCAACGGCAGCUGCUGCGUCUGGGGUGGCUUCGUCGGUGCGACGAUCUUCGAACCCACCAGCGGCAACAAUGAACCGGCGACGAGAUGAGCCUGAAGUCGGCAGCACUACACCUCUCGGCGAGCCACCUCCACACAUGCCGCCGCAUCCACAUGACCCUUCAUCAUUCCACUUGUGGCAUCCGCUGUUUGGCAACCAAAAAAGCUACAACAGCCCGUGGAGUUGGACUACGGUGACGGCGACGGGCGACUGACCACGGGCGCCGCGCGGGCCUGCGCCCGCGCACCCGCAGUGAGCCGGGGGACGGGGGGCGGGGCGGCUGCGCGAGCGAGACGACCAUUGUGUAGAGUGAGAUGAAAAUGAAAGAACUUAUGAACAGAUACUCCUUCAGUUGGGUCGGACGGAACUGCCAAUGUCAUUAAAUUUCUGGCUUAACAUUCAUUUCAACACAUAAUAAUAAUUAUUAUGUAAUUUUACUAUAUAGUUUGUUUUCUUGUAAAAAAGUGGUAGCUUUAAAGAGAAUAAUUUGGCAACAAAAUAAUUCCGAAAUAUUAAAUGACUACAAUAUUAUUUGGCCAAAUAUCUCGGUUCGCCCCGACAUAGGAGAACGAAUUGAUCCGUCCGAAGUUAUAGGCCCCCGCGGUUUACUGCGCACGCACGCAUAUGUGAACUCGUCUGUACGUGUAAUAUUAGCAAGUAGACACUGUUAAGUUAAAUUUUAUUUCCAUGAUUUAGUGAUAAUAACGACUUAUAAGACGAAAUAUGAAUCAAUUUUGAUCUCAAUGAAUUUGAAGUAAAAAAACUACCAUUAUUCCCAUAAUAAUUUCAUGUGGCAACAUUAAACCUACAGAAAAGUUCACAUAUGAAAAGGAAUUGUCGUUUCACCCAUUUCUGAAUCGUGGUUUUGACUCGCCAGACAAUUACACGAUGGAAUAUCAUAUCCUUAUAAUUAAUAUAUAUAACGAGUAUCGGGUGCAGGGACGGUACUGAAGUGCAUAGGACAUAUUCUAUUUUAUAGUUGUGAUAAUUAUAACAACGCUCCGAAGUGGCGAAUAGUUCCAAAUGUGCAAUGAAAUUGGAAUGUAAAUGUAUAUUAUAUGGUAGUUAGAAAACUUAAGUGGCAGUGCGAUGCAUUUAAUUUAUAUACGGGCCGAUGCAGGUUGAAUUUGUUAUUCAAAUCGCACUCUCAUUUGCACGUUGAAUAACAAUUCUGAUUACAUUAUUUAUUAAGUUUCAAUUGAAAAAGUUGCGAAAUCUGAGGAGAAUAAUUAUGUACCGUUAAGUUUCUAUGUUAAAUGUAAAUAAUAUACUCUUGUUUUGAAUUUCACUACGUUGAAAUAGUUUAAGUAUUGUGAAUGUUAUUGUUGAUCCACAUUAGAAAACCGUUGUUUUUAUUUAAAUACAAAUACAACCUGCAUCACCUUUUAAUAUUUAUAUUAGCCAGUUACAAGCCGACAAUUUGUGAGCUACAAAAUUAACGGGUAGCAGUUGUCGACUCCAGUAACCGCCCGGUUGGAGUGAGAGCGGCGUAUACUGUUGAUCUCUUCACACUGUGUUAUAAUAUAUAGCCACACAUGACAUAGGAGCGCUGUUCUCACUUUAGUCGGUUAUGUCAGUGUUAGAGUCUUAUAGUUAAAUUGGUUGGAUUUUUUUAUGAUUCUGCAAAUUUCAUUACGCCGCGACAUUUAUAAACAAAUAUUUUAAUAUCAAAGACUAUAACUGAAUUGAUAUUAUAUAUUUUGUUAUAAGACAUAUAACAAUAGGGAUGAUGGCUUAUUUAUGUUUGUUUAUCCGUCAGAUAGAUUAUUGAAGUAUAUUAGACAAGUAUUUUAUUAGAUACGUAUCAAUAAAUUACGGCGAUAAAUAUAGUCGAAUUGUGCAUGACGUCACACCUUUGUACAUUUUUUGUAGUAGCAAGCCAGUGCCUCAACUUCAAUGACUAUUAUCUAUGCCAUUUCUUGUAUAAAUUGAAGCAAAAAAAAUAUAAGUAUUUAAUAUUUUUCUAUUAUCGUCAUCCCUAUUUGCAUAAAUGUUAAUUAAUUUUUAUUUUCAGUGCAAUAAAGUUUUUUCAAUCAAUCAAUCAACCUGAUCCGAAAUUCUGCGUAAAUUUUAACCUUACUAUGUACAGGUUAAAGCUUAAAAUUGUUUGAAGUUCAGUCUUUAAUAUUAUUUACACGCUAGAGUGAACUUGUUAUAAGAAUAAAAAGACAAUAGAUUUACGUCUGAAAAUACAUAAAAUAACAAAAUAUCAAUCAAACUGUAUAAGAUUAAAAAAAAACAUCAUUUACCUAUUUUAGUCCAAAUAUUACGGAAAAAAUGAAACUACAGAAUCAUAAAAAAAUUACCACCGAUUAUAUUUAAUUUUUUAACUAAUUAAAUAAAAUUAAUAAAAACUAUUUAUUUCGUUAUUUUUUAAGUUUUCGAUGAUUUUAAUUGUUCUCGUUACUUUCCUUGGGGGAUCUUUAUCGAUUUUUAGAAUUAGUCAUCACAAUAAUCGUUCAGUGUACGAGGCGGUAUCGAUUAACCAGAUGUUUCGAUGUAAUUUUAGUAUUAAUCAUUGAUAACUUUUCUAGUGUACAAUUCCAUUUUUCUAUUCCGGCUAUAUUAAGACUCUAAAAGCACAGGCAAGUUAUAAAUGCUACUUAUUAUUAAGAUUUGUUGUUGUAUCUAACUGUCAAAAAAAAUAAUAUUAAAGUGUACAUACCUAUUGAUUAUAUAAAACUCUUACGUAUUCGAGUACCAACUUUUUUAAUUGAGUUCAGUUAAAAAAGUUGCAACAAAUUUUCUGAAAUGAAGUCUUAUAUUGACGUAACAACGUCCUGUUGGCUAUCACGUUUUCUAACAACAAAACAGUACUUUCUGGUUUAACAAUACAUAAAAAAAAAGUUAUGGCCCGUGUUGCUCGCACGACCGAAAAGUUUCAUCGAACUCGACGUCACGUGCACGCCAGUCGGCUAAUUUGAAAAAGUUUUCUUUUACCAUGCGGAAAAUGAAUUUAUUUCAUAACCUAACUUUUUCACAACCCGUUAAGUAAACAAACCGAUGUAUUUUUAAUCGAAUUUUAUUAUUCAAUAUAUACAGAUAGUAAAAGGAUUUAAGAACGUGCUUGACACAUAUUUAAAAAAAAUUAAACGUUCCAAACUCCAGGUUCCGCACUCUCUAUUGGCCUAAUGAUGGCUAACCGUAGACAAGGAAUCCGAAACAUUAAUAGUUCAUAUAGUUGUUUUACGUUAUCGUUAGUAUAUGUUGCAAUGUAAGACAUAAAUAUGAAUUUAAUUAACUUGCCUGUGCCGUAACAAGUUAUUCGAUGGAUAACCGCCUCUGAAAUAAUAAUUGUUGGUUAUAGUACUAUCUUAUUGUAAUUUCAAAAAGUUUCCUGAUGUAAUUUAUUGACUCGAUAAAUGAAAUUACGCUUCUAAAGUGUACUAUUACAUAUGUAAAUAUAGGACAACUAAUAACUACUAUAAUAGUGAAUGUUGUAAUUUGUAUAUAAGUAAUGAAAAUUAAAUUUUAAAUACAUAGAUAACAAUGUGCGUUGCAAUUUAUUUAUCAUCCUAACAGACCCCGAAAUAAUAUUGGGUGCGUGUAAAAGUUCAAAGUUUGUAUAAGACAUAUGUAAACAAGAGCAAUGUAUU